AUGAACGAAACAUCAAUGACAUUGUUGACCUCAGGUCAAUCCUACAAGAUUCAAAAGCGUCCUAGAACAUUAUCAGAGGAAUCAGUGGUAGAAUUAGUUCCUCAACCCAUGCCUCUUUGGAUUCCAAAACAGGAACUGGUAUCACCUGAUGAAGAUAUGGACAGCGAAAAAAAUAUUACCAGUUUGAGUAAUCAAUCCAUUCCGCAAGAAAAGCGCCACGAACAAGUGCUGAAAUGUCAAUUAAACGAGGAUCUAAUGUUACUGGAGGAUGACUUGGAAGUCGAAGAGGCAGAUGAAAAUAUUUCGGUGUACCCAGACAACAAUCAAUUGUUGCUUUCUAAACUGGUUCAGGUGGAGUCGUCUCCUUCCAACACGAUCGCAUCAAUAGAAAAACUCCGAACAAAUGAGAAUGUCAAUGUAACCCCCACAAAUCCUCACGAUAGCAGAUGUCCAUGUCAAAAAAAAUCACUCAGCUAUUUAAAAAAUUGGAAGAGCGUCAACAAAACAUCCCAUCAAGUUUUGAAAAAAACACCAGAUGCAGGCGCCUAUGUUUAUUCUUUUGGAAAUUUGGUGAAUAAUUUGAAUAGGGCCAAACAAACUGGUGCUACAAACGAUUUUCAUUUAGAGAAUAUUUAUGAAUUAGACACGGACCGUCGAAGUGAAUUUAAAUUUGAAUGGGAUAGGAGACAACGAAACGUUGUUGAGACGGAGUUUAAUAUUGAUGACAUUGUUCGACCUGUGGAUGAACGCUUUGGGAUAAUCUUUGAAAUUAUUCGUACAGUUUUCUCUAAACCAAUGAAUUGUGGAUAUUUCAAUGAGGAGGAGAGAAAUUUUCUGUUCAAUAUUUUGACGCUGAGGCAAGAAGAACAGUACUUUUUCGCCAUUUUUUUAGUAGAGGGAGGGGAAGAUUGGUUUUUUGCAAGAGAACGAGAUUAUGAUAAGCUUAAUGGUGAGAAAAUCGAACUUAGUUCAUUCAUGGAAAUGCUGCAAAAGGGAUUCUUGGAGAAUGCUUACAAAACUAGGGACGGAUCAUUCUUCGACGUCUUUGACGAUGUCUUUCUGCAAAACAUCUAUGAAAAAAUGAAAGGAGGUGCCGCAGCAUCCCGUCGUAAGAUGAUCUCCGUCCUUGAAAAAAUCUUUCGUCAAGAAAUGGACAACGGUGCGGGGGAUGAACCAUUGACUUCAUAUCUUUACUCCCAAAAGGGUCCAAUGGUCAGAGUCUCCUCCAUCCUAAUUUCCUUAGCUCAUCGAAUUCUAACUCUGUACUUUCCCAAUCACAAUCCUCACCACGACUUCUCUCACGUGAUUUCAAUAAUUGCUCGAGCCCUGGACCGAGAUAAUCCGACAAAAUACCCGUCGUAUUCUAUAAGCACCUUGCCACUCUUCAAGAAUCGUCAAUCUUUGAUCGACUACACCCAAGCGAAACUUCUAGCCAUACAAGUACACGAUAUGAUGGAACAAAAACCAUUGCAUUAUAUUAAGAAACUCGUCAAAUUUGGAGAGCAAAUUAAAAGGAAGCUCGAAAAAUUGAUUAUGGCAGUGGAUGGGAAUUACCCUAGAAUUCCUGUGCACAUACGACAGUUUUUACCCACGCAUCUGUUAUCAAAAAUGUUAAUAUCAAUCAUCAGAUUUCUAAGAACACAAACAACCCAGCUCAGUCUUUUUUCAGCCAAACAGUGCCUGACAUUUCUACGUGAAAAUUGCAAAAAAAUUCCGGUUGAUAAGAUCGUUCUCUUAAAGGAAGCGAUCGCAAUUGAGGUCGAACGAGUAAAAUUCCCUCAACGCGCUGGAGAAUAUGUGGUGGCUGCUUUCGAACUCCUCGAAACUCAAAAUUCGCGUCUCCAUUAUUUGCAACUCAUGGACAUUGCAAAAAAGCUCCAAUUGAAUAAACUCGCGCCGCUCACAAGAAAGGCGAUUAUAAACCGUUUGGAACAAAAGGAAAACUUUUCCAAUCUUCCAACAAAAAAAAUGGUCUUCCAAGUUCAAGGGGAAGGGGUUAACCAGACCCGUCGUUCUUGGAAACCGAUUAAUGAAAAUGAUCUUCAAGCGUUCAACAGACUCAAGAAUUGCGUGGUGAACCAUUACAUUAAGUGUGGAUAUCCUAAAGCAGUCAAAUGUGAAUCACUUCCGGUUACUAUAUUCGCUUCGCUGUUUUGGGAAGAACUUUUUUGGAUAGGCAAGAUUCCUGGGGCUUUUGUCUCAAGAUUUCAGGAAGGACCGCUUGAUUUGUUUGAUGAGAAUUUCUAUAAAAGCCGAAAAUCAAGUUUUGAAAGGAGAUUGGAGUGUUUGGAAAGUAUGAAAGAUGAUGACAUCUGGACUUCAAUGGCAGAGGUUUAUCAGAAGAGUUCUUCGGUCGAAUCGAUAAUCAGCCAUUCUUUUGGAGAUCAUAAUGAUUUUAAGGGGAUGAUCAAGUGUUUGAAAAAAAAGGGAGUGCUCGAUAUUUGUAGGAAGAUGAUCAAAGGAGAGUGUUUUCAUUGGGGAUUCCCCGAUGUAAUUGCUUGGGAUGAAUCGACAAUGCGAUACACAUUCGCCACUGUCCGCAUUCCUCGCAAUGAUUUUUCAGUAGCACAGAAUUUGUGGAUUAAAGCGUUGAUCAAUUUGAAAAUGAGUUUUCAAGAGAUCUCGCCUAAAAUAAUAAAAGGACAGUGA